CAAGAGGGAGCUCCGUAGCUGUCCGCUCCCCGGCUUUCAUGUCAGGGGCCACACUGCCGGCGAGGUGCUUGAAGGGAGGAGGAUGAUGACCAUGAACGGCAAACAGCAUUUCUCCAUGCACCCGGCUCUGCACGAGCCCAAGUACCCCGGCCUGCACUCAGGCUCGGAGGGCAUGCGCAGAGUCUGUCUGCCCGCCCCGCAGCUGCAGGGCAAUAUAUUCGGAGGCUUUGAUGAGAGCCUGUUGGCACGGGCAGAGGCUCUGGCAGCUGCUGACAGCAUUGUCUCUCACGGCAAGAGUCACCCCUUCAAACCAGACGUGACUUACCAUACCAUGAGCAGUGUCCCCUGCACCUCAGCAUCCUCUUCUUCCUCCACCACGGUGCCCAUCUCCCACGUGCCCUCCACCAUCGCCUCCCACCACCAUCACCACCACCUCGGACAGACCCUGGAGGCCGGGGACCUCCUGGACCACCUCUCCAACAGCCUGUCCAUGACCGGGAUGGGCGCACCGGAGCCUCCCGGGAUGACCGCGUCGGGGCACCCUCACCACCAGCACCCUCACCACCACCUGCAGACCAUGGGGCAGCUGCACCAGGCGAUGGCCAACAUGGCCCACCCUCACUCGCUGUCCGUGCACGGCGGCAUGGCGUGCGUCAACGACGUGGAGUCGGAUCCCAGGGAGCUGGAAGCCUUUGCCGAGCGGUUCAAGCAGAGGAGGAUCAAGCUGGGAGUGACGCAGGCGGACGUCGGGUCGGCACUGGCCAACCUCAAGAUCCCCGGCGUGGGGUCCUUGAGCCAGAGCACCAUCUGCAGGUUCGAGUCCCUCACGUUGUCCCACAACAACAUGAUAGCGCUCAAGCCGGUUCUCCAGGCCUGGCUGGAGGAGGCGGAGGCUGCGUACCGGGAGAAGAGCGCCAAGCCGGACCUUUUCAGCGGGAACGAGAGGAAAAGGAAGCGCACCUCCAUCGCCGCGCCGGAGAAGCGCUCGUUGGAGGCUUACUUUGCGAUCCAGCCGCGGCCCUCCUCGGAAAAAAUUGCUGCCAUCGCCGAAAAGCUGGACCUGAAAAAGAAUGUGGUCCGAGUGUGGUUUUGUAACCAGCGGCAGAAACAGAAGCGAAUGAAAUACUCUGCGGUGCACUGAGUUUCACACAUCAUGAAUAAAAUAGCCUACUACAUUUUUGAUCGAGUGAUUAAUAAUAGCCCGAGUAGCCUAAAUAAUGGGGAUUUAUCAACAGCUCUUCACGUCUCGACUGGGAUUAUCUCCAAAAAGACUUUUACCUUUUUUUUUUUCUUCUUCAUUUCGUGUCACUCACUCUUCGUUGUCGCACUUUUUUUUCUCGAUUGAGUUAUUAAUGUGGCACUCAAAUGAUUGCGUUGUAGAUCUGUGAAGAGGGAUAUUUUAAUGUUGUUGAUCAUGUAUCUUGCACACACUUAAUAUGAACUUUCAGCAAAUCCACCCUGACGGUUUGUCAUAUUCAGGGAUAUAAAGUCACUUUUUUUCUAAUAACAUAAUAAUAAAGGGGGCAUUAGAGGCUCCAUGUGUGGGAUGCGUAUUGGUCAGUGGUGGAAAAACUGAUGCUGUUUAAGGGAGGAACACCUGAUGGAAAUGGAUUUUUUUGUAAUAUUGACUUGUUGGACCACAACACGUGCAUCCCAUCUUCGACUGUUCUCACUCUUUUUCUUUUUUUCUCAUGCUAUUAAUUCAGACUAAUGUGAGUUGAAGAUGAGGGGUAAAAAAAAUCCACAUUUUUAUACCACGUUUUUUGUAUUUAGAUACAAACCAACCUGUUCACCUCGCUAACUGUUUGAUGGUCAUUUACGCACAAAUAUGAAUAAUUACAGCAAUGUAAUUUCACAACACACUGAGUCUGUUUAUCUUGAAUUAUUUAGAAACGGAAAUAACACGUUCAUAUAAGGCACAUAUAUGUGGCUUUGGUUGCUGCUAUAUUUUAAUAUUUUUGAUGUGAACAUGUGUUUGAGCAUUACAGAUGAGCUAUAAUUAUUAUAUACAGUAUCACCUAAUUUAAGUAUUUA